AUGAAGAUACCUCUCCUUGCCACACUCCUACAUGUGCUGUCCUUAGUACAGGCUGCUCCAGCCCGAAGUAAUAGCGAUUCUAACCCCGGCCUUCGAGGAAGCGAAUCGCUUGUUGGAUAUUCACCAUCGGAACCCUCUGCUAGCAAAUCAGCACCUGACAUCAAAUACACGCUACUUCCCGGACAGAAGGAAGAUCCGAAUAUUGGAUCGUAUCUGGAUUUUGAGAAAGCCGACAACCCCCAGCCAAUCCGUGGUUCGAGUGGUGGAGAUGACCCGGGCCCGAGAAAUUAUAAUUAUGACCGGAUUAACAGUGAUAAGCUGGCACCUCCUGGGACUGAUCAUGGACAGACAAUCAAUGCUCAAUGGCCCAUGGGACUGAGUCAUAACAGACUCGGAAUCGAGGGUGCAGGUUGGGCUCGCCAAGAAAAUACCGUCGUCAUGCCGGACGCCAAAAUGAUGGCCGGAGUCGAUAUGAGGCUUGAGCCUGCUGCAUAUCGUGAGCUCCACUGGCAUGUGGCAUCCGAAUGGUCCUUGGUCUUGAAUGGUUCAUGCAGAAUUCAGGCUAUCAACGAGAACGGAGAGACAUUUAUUGAUGAUUUAAACGCUGGUGAUGUCUGGUUCUUCCCUCCUGGUAUUCCGCACUCCAUUCAAGCACUCGAUGACGGAGUGGAGUUCCUUCUCGUCUUCGAUGAUGGAGACUUUAGUGAGGAUAACACCUUCCUUGCUACGGAAGUCUUCCUUCACACCCCGAAAGAGGUGCUCGCCAAGAAUCUUGGACUGACCACAUCGGCAUUCGACAAUAUACCCGGUGAUGAACUCUACAUUUUCAAGGGAACACCGGCACCGGCAGACAUUGAAGAGCAAAACGUGACAACAUCUGCUGGACUUGUGCCUCGCACUCAGAGCUACUCUUAUCACUUCUCAGAGCAAGAAGCUCAUAAUGUUGCCGGUGGGUCUGUGAAGAUUGUCGACCCGAUCAAUUUCCCUAUUGCUAGCAACUUCUCCGCUGCUAUCGUCACUGUUCACCCAGGUGGCAUGCGUGAGAUUCAUUGGCACCCCACCAGUGAUGAGUGGACGUUCUUCAUAUCUGGUCAAGGCCGAGCUACUCUCUUCACGGCUCCGAAUGCUGCGACCACCUUUGAUUAUAGAGCCGGAGAUGUCGGAUACUUCCCCAAAUCUAACAGUCACUAUAUUGAAAACACUGGAGAUGAAGAUUUGGUUUUCGUGGAAGUGCUUCAAGCUCCCCAGUUCACCGAUAUGGCCCUUGGUCAAUGGAUUGCCUCUACACCGAAGCAGAUCAUUUCCGACACACUCAAUCUUAGCAAUGACACACUUAGCAAGCUCAAAAAGGAGAAGCAAUAUGUCGUCGCUGGAAACACCACUUCAUGA